AUGUCUGACUUGGAGUCUGAACUGUGGCGCAGACUAUACCUCACAUACAGUCGUCUCUCACUCUCGUCUGCUCUGGUCUGCCAUGGGAUGGGUUGGCCUAACAGUGAGGGCAUACACUCCGACACACACUGUCAUCACAGGCCUAAUGAUCAGUUUAACAACAGCUCGGGAUGUGUUCAGCAGUUGUUAAAUCAGAUAUUAUCUCAACCCUUAUCUCCGACACAAACGCAAAACCUGCAGAAACUGUUGGUUGGGUCGCAAGGGUUGGCGGAACUGUCGCUCGUGUCUGAAGAGGCCUUAAGGGCUCUGCAACAGGCCUUACAGAUGUCCGUUAAGGCCACCGAACCCCCGAAGACCAGUCAAAGCGGACAGUCGUCGCGUCACCGGACGCUGAGUUCGCCGCGCAGUAGUGCUGCCGCCGGUGCGCCCACUAGUGAGUCACCCGUCUCUACAUCAGGCGCCCACUCGGGAGGCCAUCAUCACCGACACCAUCACCACCACCACAUCCAACACCACUCGAAUCAACAUCACUCUCAUUACAAUCAAACUCAACACCAGAGCGCAGAUGGCAUUCGCCAGGAAUUAGAUCUACUGAUAAGUCGCGGCAAUAUUAAUAAGUCGCCCAACAGUGAGAAGAGUGGCAUCUCCUCCACCAGACACGACAGUCCGCCCAACAGUGUCGCCAACAUCUCGUCGGCCAUCAGUUCGGCGUCUCUGAAGCCAUCAGUGCCUUCAGUGCCGGCCCUCACCCCCUCUUUAGCCAACUUUUAUAAGGAAGAGUUAGUGAGUCACGUGACCGGUUGGCAGGCAGAACACGCCGAGAAACAGGCGAAAUCCUAUUCAAACCAAUCGCUGGACUACGGGUGCCACCAAUGCACCCGGGUGUCUGCCGAACUCAAAAUGGCCCGCUCUCUGGUCAGACUCACCGAAAUUCAGUCCACACUUCAGGAGCAGAGAAUAAUCUUCGCGACCCAACAGAUCAAGAAUGUGGAGGAAUGGAAGGGACAGAACGCCACCCAAUCUUCAUAUCACUCCUAGUAUUGGUAUUGUGUUUAUAAGAGAAACGAUUAGCGCUUCAAAACAAUUUGCGAUCAAAUAAUAAAUGAUAUAAAUUGUAAAAAUGUUUUCAAU